GCGCCGUCCUGUGAGGCGGCUGAGGAGAGGGGUCGGUCCUCGCCCCCCGCGGCGCCCUGAGGAAGGAGGGAGCAGAAACACCAUGGAACAAUGCCAGCACCGGGUGCAUCUAAAAACCACGGAGUUGAGACACCUGUGGUAGCAGGUGCACGUAGAAGCAGCAGCCUCAAGACACCUGUGGUACCAAGCACACGUAGAAGCAGCAGCCUCAAGACACCUGUGGUACCAAACACACGUAGAAGCAGCAGCCUCAAGACACCUGUGGUACCAAACACACGUAGAAGCAGCAGCCUCAAGACACCUGUGGUACCAAACACACGUAGAAGCAGCAGCCUCAAGACACCUGUGGUACCAAACACACGUAGGAGCAGCAGCCUCAAGACACCUGUGGUACCAAACACACGUAGGAGCAGCAGCCUCAAGACACCUGUGGUACCAAACACACGUAGGAGCAGCAGCCUCAAGACACCUGUGGUACCAAACACACGUAGGAGCAGCAGCCUCAAGACACCUGUGGUACCAAACACACGUAGGAGCAGCAGCCUCAAGACACCUGUGGUACCAAACACACGUAGGAGCAGCAGCCUCAAGGCACCUGUGGUACUAAAUACACGUAGAAGCAGCAGACUGAAGGCAUUUGUGGUACCAAACACACGUAGAAGCAGCAGACGCAAGGUGCUGGCAGCCACUGAAGUGUUGUAUCCUCCAGAUUUUGUGUGCAUUCAGGCUUUGCCUGUCUUUGCUCAGAUGGCAGAAAAGGUCUUGGCCAGAAACAGAACGAUUUACAGAAGCAGUGAACCUCCAAGAGAUCAAGUGUUCUGGGAGAACUACCAUAGGAGGCAAAAGCAAAUCACCCAGGGACACUUCAGCCCCAAUUGGGAGCCUUAUCAGGAGCUUAGAGAGGUUCUUUACAAAGACCUGAAGAAACUCACCCUCUAUGCCCUGGGGCGGCUUGCACAGGAACCAGUGAAAAAAGAUGUACAGGAAAAAACACCCAAAGAAGUGGCUGAGGUUACUACUAACAAGAACUCUUUCAGUCCAGAGUCUGAUCCACCAAAACCAGUGAAGGAGCGCUCCCGUAUUAGAGAAACAGGAAAGGAGCUGAGGACUCUUAGUGCAGCUCUAGCUCGCUCGAGGCAUCAUAUGAAUUCUGUGAAGCGAGGUGGAGAAUACUUUCAUAUACUUCACCAAGAAGCACUGGAGAGGAAGAACACACUGGAAGCAGCCCAGCAGGCUCAGGGCCCGAGAUGGAGAACUGAGUUCGAGCCACCCAAGUUCUCCUCUGAUUCAGAGGAAGAAAUAAACACCUGCUCUCUGAGGAAGUCUGGGAAGAAGAAAACAAUUACCUUACACUCUUUCGCUCCUGUUUAUACCAGUGUCUUGAUUCCAAGCCUCCCUGGAGCAAAAAGUGAACAUCUUUUCCGACAGCUGUGCGCCAUUCACUGGCUUUUGGAAGCUUUGACUCGUGAAUCCAACAGUUCGAUGCGUUCUAUAUUCACCUGCUGGAAUCCAACGGACCCUGGUGGCUGUAAAAAAACAGCAAAAGAAAUCGAAGAGGAAAAGUCAGCAAAGUACAUGUGGGAACUCUGUAUUACAAACACAAAGAAAUACAACUGGAAAUCACGAAUCAAUGUACUUAGCAGGAAGAUAAACAAGACGUGUAUUCCAGGCCUCAUACAGCUUAGCCGUCAGUCAUCUCCCUGCAGUCAGAUCACUGCUGGCAGUGAACGUUCCUCUGUAUCUUGCUCUGAAGACAACAUCAAGAUUAAUGUAGCUUCAUCUGAUGUUAUGAGUGAGUCAGCACAAGCUAAAGAACAACAAACUCUUUUCCCCUCCCUACAGAAAGUCAACCUGGUAACACGUGAAGAAGGAUCAAAAGAUGUCCAUAAACAAGAUGAUCUGGUUAAGAAGACUGGAGUGCAGCGUUUGUUGCCAGUGGCUCAGAAGAAUUACGGGGUAAAAAUGCCAUUCAUUAAGGACCAAGAGAGUUUAAUAUCAAGGAAGCAGAGACCCGGAAGGCAGAGCUGCCAUAUCAGCACUUUCAUUAAAAGCAAAUCUAACUUGGGUGCUGAUAUGAAGCAAAAAUUCACAGCAGUACGUGAAGAAGCAGCCUACUGUUUACAUGAUACUCUAGAGCACCUUGAGAGGAGGCAGGAAGAGCGAUGUCGUCAAAAAUACCAUGCUUUGAAACAAUUGACGUAUUUCAGAAGAGACAUGGAAAGAAUAAGGCAGCUGGGCAUGAGAGCCAGAAGAGAACGUGAUGAAGAUAGACUAAACUGGUUUCCUGUAUUGCUUGCCAGACUCCCAGAGUCUGUGAAGAGUGACCGUAAUGUACAGAAAAUCUUAAAGAAACUGGAAAAAUAUGGCAAGAUUCCUGACUUGAAAAUUCAUCCAGACACCUUUCUUAAGGCUCUGGCUGAUCUACAGGUGUGGGAGCUGUGUUCUCCAGAAAUUGCUGCAGCUGUGGAGUUUGUGCGUGAAAAUAUUGUGCAGAUGCCAGAAGAGGAUUUCAGCGAGUGGCUUCAGGCAAGAGUAGACCCCCGCAGUGCACAGUCCUCCACUUCUUAAUCAAACAGAUGCAAUGGUUUUCCAGCUACAGCUGUCUUUAAGCAGAACACUACUGCCUGUUCUUCUUCAAGGAAGACUAGGGAAGGGGAGGGAGCUUCAGGAAGUCCCACUGACCACUCUUGCACACAUGAAAUUUGUCCCUCUACUUUGCUCUGCUAGCUGCACUUGGCCAUAGAAAAUAAAAGCUAAAUACUGGUGCUCCUUCCUGUAGGAUGCCUUGGGCUCACCAUCAAAUGUCAAUCUCAUCUAAUCACAUAGGGUGAAAACUGAGUUUCUUAUCACAAGUUGGGUCAUUUCUUCAGACGUUCCUCUGACAAUACCUACAGUAUAACAAGCAUCUAUUCAGUGUAGAUAUAGAGCUUGCCAUAAGUAACAUUAUCUCUGUUAGUUCUUCAUUUUAGCUCUCCUUUAUAAAAAUAUCUCAAGCACAGGGUAGUUGUGACCUUUAAUACAAUUGAGGUUUUUUGCCAUUAGUUCUUUUUUUGUAAUUCAGCUUAUUUUUCUAGUUAUUUUAUUCUGUAGUUAUUCUGUGACUAUGGAUUAAUUCUUGCCUUAUUAAAACCGAUAUUAAAAAACCAAA